AAAAAAAAAAGUCGUUGUUACACAGCAGUAGUUUAGACUCGAGAGUGUACGCAUUGAGAAGCACCAUCAGCCAUUGUCUUUUGCUCCGUUCCAAGGGUUCUUCUCCCUUCCUCACCAUCUCUCUCUCUCUCUCUCAAUAUAUACACACACACAUCUAUACAUAUAUAUAUAUAUAUAUUCGAUCCUGAUCAAUUAAUACAUCCGAUCAUAUUCCUUUCUUAAUUUUCCUCCUCCGUUCAUUUCAGAAAGGUGAUUGAUUUGAUCUGAUCAUGGCUGCUACACAUUCUGCCUUCGGACUUCAGGGCUUAGUUACUGCUCCUGUUAACGGUGACACAUCGAUUCAAAAAUCGAUUUUCAAGACCCAAAAGAUUAGCUUUACAGACAAACCAUGGAUGUCUUAUUCACCUCUGGAGCUGAAUAUGAGAACUGCACCGUCAAGAUAUCAAUCCAUAGUUUGUAUGUCAACCCCAACUGUCACUGGUUCUAAGGUUUCAGUUUCACCUUUACAUCUUGAAGAUGCAAACGAACCUCCUUUGAACACAUACAAGCCCAAGGAGCCAUAUACCGCAACUAUUGUAUCUGUUGAAAGGCUUGUUGGUCCAAAAGCUCCGGGAGAGACUUGUCAUAUUGUCAUUGAUCAUGGUGGUAACGUUCCCUAUUGGGAGGGACAAAGUUAUGGUGUUAUUCCCCCUGGUGAAAACCCCAAGAAACCUGGCGCUCCUCAUAAUGUUCGUCUUUAUUCAAUUGCUUCAACGAGGUAUGGUGACUCGUUUGAUGGAAAGACGGCUAGUUUGUGUGUUCGCCGUGCUGUCUAUUAUGAUCCCGAGACAGGAAAAGAGGAUCCUUCAAAGAAUGGUGUUUGCAGUAACUUUCUUUGCAACUCAAAGCCUGGAGACAAGGUUAAAAUAACAGGUCCAUCUGGAAAGAUUAUGCUUUUGCCCGAAGAUGACCCAAAAGCCACCCACAUCAUGAUUGCUACUGGUACUGGUGUGGCUCCAUACAGGGGCUACCUGCGACGCAUGUUCAUGGAAUCUGUACCUAAAUACAAAUUCAAUGGUCUUGCUUGGCUAUUCCUUGGGGUAGCCAACAGCGACAGUCUCUUAUACGACGAUGAAUUUAGCAAAUAUCUUGAAGAUUAUCCUGGUAACUUCAGAUACGAUAGAGCUCUUAGCAGAGAGCAAAAGAACAAAAAUGGAGGGAAGAUGUAUGUUCAGGACAAAAUUGAAGAAUACAGUGAUGAAGUAUUCAAACUCUUGGAUGAAGGGGCACACAUUUAUUUCUGUGGGCUUAAAGGAAUGAUGCCCGGGAUCCAAGAGACGCUUAAAAGGGUUGCAGAAGAACGAGGGGAGAGCUGGGAAGCCAAACUUUCUCAAUUGAAGAAGAACAAGCAAUGGCAUGUUGAAGUCUACUGAUCAUUUUUACAAACCCUUGAGGUAAUUUAGUAAUUUUAUAACUACCAUUAGUUUUACUGAUAAACAUAAAGAUACCACAGACAUUCAUUAUCUACAUAUUGGAUGUGUGGUAAAUUCGAUUGUAGCGCAAAUGGUGGUUAUGUAUCUGUCUGCUUUGGGAUUGAUUUUAAAGUUUGUAGUACCUCAUUGAGGUAUGAAACUUUGGAAAUUUGAAUUGCUUGUAACAUUAUUUAACAAGGUUUGAUAUCUAUAUCCCUUGGAAACUUUCCUGUUA